AUUCAAACCUUGCAGAGUUUUGCUCUCUGAGAGCUUGUAAUAAGACACACUCCUCUUACAAGGGUUCAUGCUACAACCUAGCAAAGAACUUUAAAUUUUUGGAAGAACAAUAUAUUCAUUUUGGCAUUGUGCAGAGACCCUAACUCUACCUUUCUGCUUUAAAGCAAAGUAAACUCGGUGGCCUCUCCUUCUCCACUCCUCAAAAUGUUAGCAAGCUCUGCCGUCUGCAGCAUACUCCUGUUCUGCCUUCUCUGUGAAGCGAGUGCUGUCGUCUUACUCAAUUCCACUGACUCAUCCCCGCCAACCAAUAAUUUCACUGAUAUUGAAGCUGCUCUGAAAGCACAACUAGAUUCUGCGGAUAUCCCCAAAGCCAGGCGGAAGCGCUACAUUUCGCAGAAUGACAUGAUCGCCAUUCUUGAUUAUCAUAAUCAAGUACGGGGCAAAGUCUUCCCACCAGCCGCCAACAUGGAAUAUAUGGUUUGGGAUGAAAAUCUUGCAAAAUCUGCAGAAGCUUGGGCGGCCACUUGCAUUUGGGACCAUGGACCUUCUUACUUACUGAGAUUUUUGGGCCAAAAUCUGUCUGUACGAACUGGAAGAUAUCGCUCAAUUCUCCAGUUGGUCAAGCCAUGGUAUGAUGAAGUGAAAGAUUAUGCUUUUCCGUAUCCCCAGGAUUGCAACCCCAGGUGUCCUAUGAGAUGUUUUGGCCCCAUGUGCACACAUUAUACGCAGAUGGUUUGGGCCACCUCCAAUCGGAUAGGAUGUGCAAUUCAUACUUGCCAAAACAUGAAUGUUUGGGGAGCUGUAUGGCGACGUGCAGUUUACUUGGUAUGCAACUAUGCCCCAAAGGGCAAUUGGAUUGGAGAAGCACCAUAUAAAGUCGGGGUACCAUGCUCAGCUUGUCCUCCAAGUUACGGGGGAUCUUGUACUGACAACCUUUGUUUUCCAGGAGUAACGUCAAACUACCUAUACUGGUUUAAAUAAGCUUAUCUUUUCCUCCAGGAAAUAGAAUGACUUCUGAGAAUCAUAGGCAUAUAUAUAUAUUGAGUUUUGCACAUACUAUACAUAUUUUAUGAUAAUCCUGUUUUCCUUUUAUUAUUCAUUGUCUAAAUUAGUGUUUGUCUAGUAUGUUUGUUUAAUCUUUUGAGGUAAUCAAAACAUUCACUUCUAUCUUCUGACUUCUAAGCCUAAAGUUAAAGUAUUGUAUAUGUAGUAUUGACAUAGUUGAUGCAUCCAGUUCCAAAACUUGCUUUCCAAAGGAAUUGUGUUAUGCUCCUAAAGAAUAAAAUAAAUAUUUGGCCUGUAAUGUAUGUGUGUAUACAUAUGCUAUAUAUGUAUACACACAUACACAAACAUAUAAUCGAUGACAUAACACAUAGAUAAUAAUAUGGUCCAGUAGUUAACUUGAGGAAAAUUUUAAAAAUCCUAUUUUAAAAUAUAUGUGAGGUGGUAGGACAUCUUAGCACCUAUAAUACCCAUGAAUUGAUAGUUUGCAAAAUAACCCUUAGUGAUAGCCGGAUAUAAUAACUCGAUUGAGCAAGCUUGGAUUUCAUUCUGGCGAUAUUUUAUCUUAUUUGAGUUCACUAAAGGAUAUGCUCAACUUAUGUAAGUUUCAAAUCCUGCCUUUUGCUUGAUCUCUUCUGUUGAAUCAGUAAUCAUUUGUUGAGUGCUUACUACGUGCAAGGCACUCUGCUAGUUAUGUUCCAAUAACGCAAAGAUAAUGAGAUAUGAUUCCUGCCUUCAAGAAGCUCAUAAAAAUAUCCAGGAAAUAAUGCAGCCUAAUGAUUUUGCUGUAAAAUUACUAUUUUUUAACAAAUUGAUUUUUACGUAGUUUUGAGGAUGUGAAUGCAACAAUGAUGUUCACCUGUCGGUGGAAUGCAUGAUAAGCCACACUGUGAAAUACGUAAGGCUUCUGACUAGCAUGAAAACUUACCUACAGAGCUCAGCACUACAAGAGGCAGGGGAGAAUUAAAAAUGGCCCCAGACUAGCUGAUGAGGCCCAAGAGAGGAGAAUUCAACACCUGAGUGAAGACACUUACAUUUCAAGUGUGUGUGUCUGCGCGUGUGUGUCUGUGUGUGUGUGAGAUUCAGGUUAUGUAAUACUUCCAUAGAAUUACAGACUAGGUAAACAUGGUUAGUUCCAGAGUGCAAAUAACAGAAGGAAGCUACUUGUUUAAAAUUUCUUACACAUUUGCAGUGUCUUAGGGUGGAGAUGUUGAAAGAUGACACAUAAUCAAAUGCAUUCGAUGUGGGAAAAAUCCACCAUCUGGAGUUUAGCUUUACAUGAUGACAAACAAUUGACCUGAUUCCUUUUACAAAUGGAAUACAAUGACUGCAUGUUUUGAUAUCUGACUACUCUGCUUUUAUGGGCACACAUAUUGACUUUAUUAAAAAUACAUAUUUUGGAGACAAAAUGGAGAGCAGAAAUAAUUAUGUGAUUCAGGCAAAAAUACAACUUUUAUCAAACAUACAAUAGGCAAUUGGAGAGAAAGCUCGUUAGUGAGAUGUUUGCUUGAUUGAUCUAGAAAGUAUCUCCAUCCUUGAUUUUGCUAGAGUAGUUCUACAAAAGGAGCAAAAUUACUUUAUGUUACUUUAUUACUUUAUUAUGUUACUAUAUUACUUUAUGUUAAACCGUACUUGACUAUUCUCAGUUCCAACCCUGUUGCUGGUUUACUUGUGCGGCUUGGUUUCCCAGUUCCGAAAAAGAAUAGUGAUAUUUGCUACAUAUUUCACAGAGGAUCUUAUGAAGGUAGAAUUACCAUAUUAAUAGAGUUUAUAAAUAUUAAAAUUAUCAUUAAUGUUGUGAAACGUUAAUUUGAGGUAAAAUUAAAUUUUCAUGAGCUCCUCUUUGGCAGAAAUUCUAUCUGAUUCUUUGUAUUUAUCCUAGCUUCUUAUAUAAUGGCAAUAAUGUAACAAUUGUUUCUAUGAAUGGAUUUUUGGAAUUAACUAAAAAGUCUAGAAUUGCAAUGAUUUAGAGGAAUCCCACCUUUCCAUGUUUUAUUAGACAAAAAUGUCUUAAAUACAAAGCUUUGAAUAAAUCAAAAAUCCAGAUAAACCAUCAAACAUAUCAGAUUAAGACUAGGGUCUGCACACUUAUGACUUACACAAGAGUCCUUUCCAAACCACAGCUGGAACUAUAAGUUUGUUCAUAAGUUAACAACUCAGCUGAAAAUAUGACGGGUAUAUUUGUUAUUCUCUUUGUACUUUUUAAAGUUAGUAAUAUAAAACGGCCAUGUGAAAUGUUUUAUUUUCCAGGCUAAAGCAAACGAAAGUUUGCUAGUAUCAACACAGCAUGUCAUAUUUUUCACAGCAUGCAACAAUGGUGCUAGGAUAGUUAUUUCUCACUGUAAUUCCCAGAGGCAGAAAGAGUCUGAGUAUAAGCUAUUUCAUAAGAGCAGCUCUAAAUAUUGUGGUUAUCAUUACAAAAGAAAUAGUAAUUGGCAGACAUAUUCUACAGCAUUGAUCCUCUCUAUGGUAUAGAUCUUUCAUAUCACCUUAUAUUGAGUAGAAAAGUGAAAAAAUGCUGUCACAAAAUAGGCUUUUUGGCUUUCAUGUCAUCAAAAGAUGGGAAAAAUGACAAUUUUAGCUGUUAAACUGAUGGAUUUCUUUAUAGAAUUGUAUUUGAGUUGUGUAGGCACAGUCUUCAUGUUCCUGGUUAUGAUAGCUACGCUUGCUUUGAAAAUGUGGCAGAAAGAGUUAUUGUCAUUUUUGCUUCUGCGCAGUAGUCUGAGCACCAUCAGUUCUGUGGUCCGUCAGAUCUUCCCCACCAACUCCAUUGGGCAAUGCUUUUAAUGUUCAUUUGCAACUUUCGUGGAAACCUUCAUUUGGAAGCUCCGUGCACCUUCAGCACAGAGUUGACCAAACACUGGGCAAAUGCAACCAAUGCGAUUUACUCAGAAUAUUUGCAUUGAAACAAUAUAUAUUUUCUCAUUAAUACAUGCUUGUGUGAAAUCAACUUGGAACAUCUCCAUAAGCAAAUCUUAUAAACAUAUAGGCCCGUUUAAGUGUUUUGUGUUCAUACCCGACUUAUUAAAUGAAUGCAUAGGCUAAACAUAAUUUGAAUGUGUCUGUGAAGGAAAAAUAAUGCGGUCUGUGUUCUCCUUAGAAUAACAACUUGUCUAACAACAUUCCCUAGGUUCUGCACUAUUUUAGGAUGCAAAUCUUGACAUGGAUGGAAAUCUUUACCUACUGAAGUGUUUAGGGAGAGUAAACGUAGAUUUCUAUCAAAGUCUAACAUUAUCCUUGCUUCUGUAUGUUUUUUUUUGUAUUUUCAUCAUAUGUGUGGAAGAAGACAUAAACACAUGCAAAAUAUUUUUAAAAAUUACGUUAUAGUAUAACUAUGACUUAUGAGAGGUCAAUCAAAAACUUAGAAAGUUUAACAAUUCACUGAUUAAUGGUGCUGAAAAUCAAUUACAACCACCAUAUCCUUGCUACAAUUUUGAGGUUUCUUUGCAAUUAAAAUUUUUAUUAAGUGUGAACUAUCAUUAUCUAUUCUGGUGCUAAAUAUAUGGUGCUAAAUGAAUUUUUAGUGUAUGAACUAGCAAUGCUCUUAUUCCUUGUUACAAGUGUCAUCCGCUCAAUUCCUGAUUCAGAAAUAUUAAUAAAAUCCUGUUAAUUUAAUCUUACCCCAAAAUAGGCCAGUGACCUCUAAUUUUGAUCUGAGUCCAAUGUUAUUUAGGUGCUAUAGAAUGUAAAUAUAUAUUUCUUAAAGUUAUAAAAAAAUUUAAGGCAUUUUUUAGCUUUGCAAUGUCCAAAUUGAAGUUAUUGCUAAAGGUUAGAUUACAGGUACACCCACCAUGCUGCAGGCACUCGCGCCCUCUGCUGGUUGUAAAAACAAAUUCUUGAUGGCUACUCGGCUUACAACAGAAGCCAUUUCUUCUAUUCACUAAAAAUUUAAGUUGCCCAAUACUAGAAUUCUCAGAUACUCUCUAAACCUGAUAGGAUUAAAAAAUGCUUGACUUUAUUAACAUACUUUUUUAAGACGAUAAGAGAGAUAAUAUAUCUUGGCAUUCACUUUCCUAAAUAAUUAUGUUUUUCAUGACUUUCCAGUUCUGAGGUGCUUAUUAAAGUGGUUUUUUUAAGACUAGGUACUACUAAAAUAUAUUUUUUAUUUGGUUUAUAUAAUAAAUACAAUUAGAAUUAAAAUUAGCAAGAGAUAAGUGUGUCUUACUUUCAGAAGUGGUAAUUUAUUUUUAUUUAGAAUAGUACAUAAGAUAAAAAGGAGAUAUGUUAAAAUAGUUAAUUCCAUUUAUAAAAGGACUCUCUCCACCUUUACUUGUCGGUCUGUAAUUUAAUAAUGUUCUUUGGUCAUACUAUUGAGCUAAUGAUAACAUUUUAUUAUUCCAUUUAAAGCCCUCUACCCUUACAACCGUCCAUCAAAAGCUUAGAAUUACAUCACUUGUAAUUAAUGAAGGCAAUAGUCUUAGGUAAACUUUCAGUUGUGUACAUAAUUGACUGAGUGUGAUAAUCUUUUUCGACAGAGAUGCUUCUUAAACUAUGUUAGCAUAACCAAAUGAAAUAUGCUUUGAAGCAGUUUUCCAAAUUAGUAUUUUCAAACUUAUUUUAAAGCAAUAGAACCCCUUUUAUGGUCUCACUAAUGUGUAAAACUCCAACACGUAAUAGACACGAAAUGGACCUGCUUAUCCCCAAAACUUCCCCAGUGCCUGGAACGUUUCUUCUGUGAGCCCUAGAUUCCAUCAAACAGAAAAACGACCUAAAUCAUCCAGUUACUCCCAUUUUCUCUAAAAUAAUCAGCUAAUUAAAGCAAAAAAAAAAAAGAUUUGAGGCUCUAAAUUAUUUCAAUGGCUCUUCUAAAUACUCACUUCACUUUGCAUGUGUUAGAAGCCUCUUAGGUUGAUAGAGAAUCAAAUGCUGACUUGAACUGGUGCUUGGUUAUAAAUUACAGCAUCUUCUCUUUUAUGAUUUGACAGAUUUUUGGUACCAUAAUAUUUUUGAGACUGAGAGAUAAUCGUGAUGCUCAUAGAAAAACAAUGUGUUUUUAAAAUAUCUAAAUGUUUCAAACAUGUACAUAAUCCUAAAAUAUACUGUAUUGUUUUAGAUUUUUUUUUAAAGAUUAAUUUGGGUGGGUUUUAUUCGUUACCUAACACUGUGGUAGUCAAAGGUGCUGAUGAUGUUGUGAUAAAAUGUCAUGAAUGUGUACAUACGGAAAACCUGUGUAAACCUCUGUCCUUAUAAAGCAUAACAAAUGUAGCUUUUUGAGCUCUGCUAUAUUAUUUUUUUCAAUAAAAGGUUACAAUUAA